AUGUCGAAAAUUACAGUCUGUGCACGAUUCAGACCGCUAAACUCGAAGGAGAGAAGAGAUCACGGAGAUAGCAUCUGUAUUGAUGCCCAAGACGAUGAGACCUUCUCUUUCAAGGAUGAUAAGGAAGACGAGCAUACGUUUAGCUUUGAUAGGGUGUUCUAUGAGGAAUCUGAACAAGCCGAUGUCUAUCAGUAUCUCGCUCUCCCUAUUGUUAUAGAUGCUGUUAAUGCAAUAAAUGGGACGAUAAUCACAUAUGGACAGACUGGAGCAGGCAAGACAUAUACCAUGGAGGGACCCUGCAUUACAGAUUGUCAUGAGCAGAAGAAAGGAUUACUACCAAGAGUAGUGGAUGGGCUUUUCAAGGCCAUUGAACUUUCUGAUGACCCAACCUCGUACAAGAUAAAAUUGUCCAUGGCAGAGAUCUAUAUGGAGAAAGUAAGGGUGAAAACAGGAAAGUUGAUUCUCGUGGACUUGGCGGGAUCUGAAAAAGUUGAGAAGAGUGGAGCAGAAGGGAGAGUCCUUGAAGAAGCAAAGGCCAUCAAUAAAUCUCUUUCGGCCCUAGGCAAUGUAAUAAAUGCUUUGACGUGUGGUCCACAGGGUAAAACAAAUCAUAUUCCAUAUCGUGAUUCUAAGCUUACCCGGAUCUUACAAGAUGCUCUUGGUGGGAAUUCCCAAGCUGCAUUACUGUGUUGUUGCUCACCAAGCCCAUCAAAUGCAUCAGAGAGCAUGUCCACCCUUCGCUUUGGGGCAAGAGCAAAGCAUAUAAAGUCAUCACUCCGCGUCCAAUGCAAGGAAGAUAAAUUUGACAAAACCCAUGGGCCUACCUCUUUGCCUAAAGAUGAGACAUGUCAGAAAAUCCUAGACAAGCUGAGAGGGAAACUGGAUGUUGAUGUUAUGGAGUUACUGGAGGAAUUGUUUAUAGAAGAGGGGAUUUUCAAUGAUUUCAAUUCAGAUGAGGAAGUGGAAUCUGCUUUCAAAGAUGUUACAUCAAGAACUAUAUCCUCUUUGCAACAAGCUGUGGAAGAGCUUCUGGUUACUGUUGAGGAGCUUGAGGGGGAGAACAAAGCACUCAAAGCCAGAGUGGAAGCUGCUGAACGAUAUGAUGCGCAUUGGAAAGAGGCUAGAGAAAAUCCAAGCUUUCUGCAUAGGAUUCUAGGCAUCAAUGGUUUCAUCUCCUGGUUUGGCUCCUUCUUUCAUAUCUAGGGGGAAAGAUGACUGAAUGUAAUGUUAGUUUCUGUACAUGCACAAAACUGACUCAUUGGUUCUACCUUGAAAUCACCAUCACUGUGAAUACCUCUGCAUCAUCCAAUCCAAUACCUUGGACAUCGUUGGCAAUUUCAUGUUGAAGUUUAGGACAUGAGACAAUAUUCUUUUGUCUUCAUUGGUUCUCCCAAUCUUCUGUUUCCCUUUCUUAUCUUUGUG